AUGCUGGAAGACGUGGAGACGCUGGAAGACGCGGAGACGCUGGAAGACGCAGAGAUGCUGGAAGAUGCAGAGAUGCUGGAAGACGUGGAGAUUCUGGAAGACGUGGAGAUUCUGGAAGACGUGGAGAUGCUGGAAGACAUGGAGAUGCUGGAAGAUGAGCAGACACUGGAAGCCCUGGAGAUGCUGGAAGACCUGGAGUUGGAAGACGUGGAUUUUCUGGAAGACAUGGCUUUGCUGGAAGACAUGGAUUUUCUGGAAGACGUGGCUUAGUUGGAAGAUGUGGAUUUUCUGGAAGACAUAAUUCUGUUGGAAGACGUGGGUAGGCUGGAAGACAUGACUUUGAUGGAAGACACAGCUUUGUUGGAAGACAAGGAUUUGCUAGAAGACAUGGAUUUCCUGGAAGACAUGGAUUUUCUGGAAGCCACAGAUUUAAUGGAAGACAUGAAUUUUCUGGAAGACUUGGAUCGGCUGGAAGACCUGGAGGUCACUGGAAGACAUGGAUUUCCUGGAAGACAUGGCUUUUCUGGAAGACAUGGAUUUUCAGGAAGACCCGAAUUGUCUGGAAGACUUGGAUUGUUUGGAAGACGUAGAUUUUCUGGAAGACCUGGAGGUUACUGGAAGACAUGGAUUUUCUGGAAGACAUGGAUCUCUAGGAAGACAUAUAUUUUCUGGAAGAUCUGGAUUUAGUGGAAGACAUGAAUUUUCUGGAAGACGUGGCAUUAUCAGAAGACCUUGAUUUAGUGGAAGACAUAGAUUUUGUCUGGAAGAUGCGGAUUGAUUGGAAGACUCGAUUUGGUGGAAG